CGAUAAGAGCUCAGCUGUGUCAAAUGGCCGGUCAACGGAAACAAAAUAUUGAUUUGCAAUAACUGCAAUUUAGAAUAGCGUAGCAUAGUUGGCUUAGUCAGAAUGGAUUUCACGGAUUUUGAAGUGCGCAAGUGCCCGCCCACUGCCAUGUACAUUCCCAACUUUAUUACCUCGGAGGAGGAGCAGCGCAUUCUCAGUCACAUUGAGCGCACGCCCAAGCCGCGCUGGACGCAGCUGCUGAACCGUCGGCUCAUCAACUAUGGCGGCGUGCCGCACCCAAAUGGCAUGAUAGCUGAGGAAAUUCCGGAAUGGCUGCAAAGCUACGUGGACAAGGUAAAUAAUCUGGGCGUCUUUGAGUCGCAGAAUGCCAACCACGUGCUGGUCAACGAAUACCUUCCUGGCCAGGGCAUUUUGCCACACACAGAUGGGCCGCUCUUCUUUCCCAUUAUUUCCACAAUUUCGUGCGGAGCGCACACAGUGCUUGAGUUUGCCAAACGAGAGAACGCGAAUCCGGAUGCUGGACAGACCGCUGCAACUGCCACUGUUCCGGGCGGCGACAAUGCGCCACCGCGAAAGGUUAUCUUUAAGCUGCUGCUGGAGCCGCGCAGCCUGCUGAUACUAAAGGACACUCUCUACAGCGACUACUUGCAUUCCAUUAGCGAGGUUAACGAGGAUACGCUCUGCGAUCGUAUCUGCAACUAUGAUCUGUGCGAGAAUACCUACAAAAUCGGCGACCACUUGGCCCGCCGCGCGCCUCGCAUAUCACUAACCAUUCGCAAUGUGCCCAAGACGAGCAAAAUGAAACUGAAAUUCUGUUAGACUGAUGCACUCACUCAAGGGCUUGGAUGCCAUUUCUUCGCACAAACAUAUACUAAGUGUGUUGUUAUUGUUGUUCAUGUUGCUGUUGCAGUUGCUGUUGUUAACUAAAUGCACAAACACACACGCAUACACACACAGCGUGCAGUUCGUUACUGUAACCCACUGAGCUCAGCCCACAAAUUGCUAGGAGCAACGCAAAAGCUAACUAACUCUAUAUGUAUUCAUUUUGUAUAUUAUGUACGAUAGUCUGCAGAUCUUCCGCACAACCACACUCCACACAUGCAGUUUAUCCAUCACCAUUACUACUUUCCGCAUUGAAUGCAAAAUAUUAGCUGUUCAAACAGUGUAUCAACAUUGCCCACAAAGUGCUUUAUUUUUAGUAAACGGAAAAGGAAAGUUGAAGGUAGUAUGCCUAGUUAGGUCAAUGGACAAUUGAUAUGGAAAGCAAUAUAUUUUAUAAAUUUAAUAUAUAUUUUGUGUAUGAACAGUUCGUUUGUUAGGCACCAAACUAAAAGAUAAAAUAUGCACAAAAAAUUAAAUUAAGAUUUACAAUUUAAAUGUUUAACUCCCCUAGUAGGGUGCCAGAUAUUGUCGAGCAUAUCAACAGUUUGAUUAUUUCAUUUAUAAAAUCAUCCAUAUCGGACUUUGAAAAAUAACAUCAUCAAUUCAAUCCCUUUUUAAGGAGUCGUUUUUUAAAGAAAUCUGUAGAUAAACCUUGUCAGGAAACGGGCUAGCUUUUACCCAACCGAUUUGUUUUAAAGAUUUACUGAGACCCUUUUAGUAAUGUACAUUUUAAAGUAUUUUUCUACCUCGAUAUAGUGUUUUAAAUCCGGGAUUACAAAUUAAUUACAAAUUUUCAAAAACAUUCUCAUGUCACAUAUCGCAAUCACUGUAAUAUUCAAAAUGAUUUUUAAAUUUCAAGGCGCGGAGGUAAAAUAUUGAAAUACUUUUCACAUCUUCGUUUAAUAUAAGUAAGAUAUUUGUAGUAGCUUUAAUAAUUGUUUAUUCGUUAAUUUUAGCGGCAACCCUCGACAAUUUCUGGCACAUACCUGCCCCCACCUGUAUCAUAUAUUGUUAUAUUGUAUGCAACAAGACUAGAUGUGCAUGUAUUUGAGAAGUCCUGCGUGUAUUUUUGUAAACGUUUUUCACUGCACCAAAGACAGAGCGAUAUGUGAAUUCAAAAUUUGGCAAAAAUAAAUGUUUGUCCAUUUGUUGUUAAGCUUGCAA